AUUCACCCAUGUGAGAUCUUAAUCUUGAAGUGCCACGUUCCGAUAAGGUAGUUUUGAAUUCAUGGCGGAUCUACGGCGUUUGAAUGGUGGUAGCGGCGGCGGUAGCGGUGAGGGCACGGCAGAAUGGGAUACGGAAGAAUGGGUUCUGCGGCUGUGUGCCGUCGUCCUGCUCGUGUGCCUCGCGGCCAUCUUCUCUGGGCUCACGCUGGGUCUCAUGGCGUUGGAUAAGAAUGGGCUGCAGAUUGUAAUCGAAGCCGGUGAAGACGCGCACGCGACAGAGGAGGAGAAGACAAACGCGAAGAACGCGAGGAAGAUCCAGAAGGUCCGUAACGACGGUCACUUGUUGCUCUCGACGCUUUUGUUUGGGAACGUGGCCGUGAACUCGAUCCUUGCGAUUGUUAUGGCCGACAUGACGUCAGGUAUCGGUGGGUUCUUGAUCACAACGUUUGUGCUGGUCGUGUUUGGCGAGUUGAUUCCUCAAGCCUUGUGCUCCCGGCACGCUUUGUCGAUUGGGGCCAAGUCGUUGCCGAUCGUGUGGUUCUUCAUUUACCUCAUGUAUAUCAUCACCAAACCCAUCGCGAUGACGUUGGACUAUAUGCUCGGCCACGAAAUCGGCACCGUGUUCAACAAACGCGAGUUGGGAAAGAUGCUUGAAAUCUACGUCAAGCACAACAUGUUGGACGCGGACGAGACGGACAUCAUGAAGGGCGCGAUGCACUUCAAGACGAAACCCGUGUCCAGCGUCAUGACGCCCAUCGAGUCUGUGUACACGCUCCCCGGGUCGACCAAGCUAAACCUGGCGACCAUUCGGGAGAUUUACCACCGCGGGUUCAGUCGCAUCCCAGUGUGGGGCAACCACAUCAACGACAUCGUGGGCAUCAUCUUUGUCAAGGACCUCAUCUUCGCAGAUCCGACUGAAGAAACCACGUUGCUUCACUUUGUGCAUGUGUUUGGUCGGGGGGUGCACCGGGUGUGGCCAGACUCGACGCUCGGCGACGUCCUCCAGGCGUUUAAGAUGGGCCGCACACACUUGGCGCUGGUGCACGAUGUCAACAACGCCGGACCGGGCGACCCGUACUACCAAACCAAGGGCGUGGUAACACUGGAAGACAUUGUGGAAGAGAUCUUGCAAGCUGAAAUCUUUGACGAGAGCGAUGCCAUUGACGCCGAAACCCAUCGGAAGAACCGACUGAGCAACCGUAGCUACGACACGGGCGUAUCGCAUGUGCUGGAAGGCAGCGAGUCGGCCAAAUUCCUCGCCAAACCAGAGGUCGUCCGUCUACCUCGUUUAAUUCUCCACUGGAGGAUAUACUAUAUAUAUAUACGGGUUUAUCACAGGCGGAAGCCUUGGCGAAACACUUGGUCAUGAACGAGCCCGUGUUUACCACCGUGGACUUUCAAGGGGUGGCACUGGACGCGACUCGCGUCGCCGCCAUCUUGGCCAAGAGCCACAUUGUCGAGUUUGAUGGGAACAAUGUCGAAGGGCCGCCCCCAAAGCUAUUUAUUCAUGGGAAUGUGGCCACAUUUUGUUUGGUCGUGCUGCAUGGGCAUGUCUUGGUCUCGUCGUCGACAUCUGGCAACGCGGUGCCCACUAUGGCAGGACUGUGGAGUGUAUUUGGGGCCAACAGUCUGAUCGCCCCCGACGGGUCGUUUGAAAGUGACGUAACUGUGCACGUACCCAACGAUGUGCAUGUGCGCUGCCUGCGCAUCCCGCGCCUCGAGUUCCAAGCGACGUUGUACCCCAUGCACAUUGCAGAGAACCCCGCCGUGUUGGCCGAACGCCGCCUCGAUCUGCACCAGCUCGUCGCCCCAACAGCAAUAUCCGUCGUCGUCGACGACAUUCCGACACCAACGACGGCCAACUUUCAAAGCGACAUGGACGCUACCCAAGUGCCGUACGAGCUGUGUGUGAAGAGUGAGUCCAUGUAACAUCACAUAUCCCCCUACCAUACUACCGUAGUACGCAUUAAACACUACGACAGAUAGGCUAAGUAAGACCCACAAAAUACUACUAACUGCUACAUACAUUUGAAACCUCC